CCUGUGGAGGCAAGUUCGGUCGACCAUGUGGGUCCGGUCCCGGAGGAGUCCAAAGUGCACAGUCGCGGCAUGGUCAUGAGCCAGGCAACCUCGCGGAAGAUCGGCCCAGCCCUGCCGCCACGGGGAGCCACGCACAUCGCCUUCACCGAGGUGCAUGAAAAGCCUCACCCAAAGACAGGGCCUGGUGACAGUGAUCCUCAGGCGCCAGAUGCCUUGUCCGUGUCCAACUGCCGGCGCGGUGAGUUGCCACCGAGUGGCUGGAGCAACAAAUGGUCCCCCGCCACCAAGCGUGCUUCAUUGCUGGGGGCGUUGGAGGAGUCACAGAUGCAUGUGGUCUAUGCUCUAAGGCCUCACUCCGAUGUUUGGCAAGAGUCUGUGAGAGCUGUGCAGCUGGAGCAGGCGGAGUUGGAUCGUCUGCUGAGGGAGAAGGUGGCGACCAAGCCAAGACCCACACAGAAGCAGAGGGUGAAGGAAGCAAUCCAAUGGCUCUUAGAAGCAGGUGCCAGCCUGGAGGCGCUUUGCGCGGACGCCAGUCCAGAGGUGCGCAAAAGCGCUGCGUCCCUGCUGGCGGAAGGGGAGGGUGCUGCUGGCCGAUGCGCUGCCCUUUUGCAAAGCGACGAUGCAACAUCCCGCAGCACUGCCGCUGAAGCGCUUGGGAGGCUGGGCAAGGACGCAGGUGCUUAUGGCGCUCAGCUCGCCCAGCUGCUGGGCGAUGCCGACACUACGGUGCGCAUGACGGUGACUGCUACAUUGGGAAAGCUAGGGGGCUCCAUGGCCAAGCAUUGCGUGGAGAAAUUGGAAUCCGAAAAGCCCCGAGAGCGGGAGGCUGCCUGUGAAGCCUUGGGACUCAUGGGCACUGCAGCUUCUGAACAUGCUGCCGCUGUGGCGGAGUUGCUGCAAGAUAGCGAUUGGCAGGUGCCCACAGCUGCCGCCAGCGCGCUGAAGCGCAUGGGUCCCUGCGCUGCAAGACAUUGCGCAGAGGUCCUUGGACGCUGUCGAGUUCUCUCAAGGCCAGCAGUUUCCGAGGCCAUCGUGCGAAUCGGCGGAGUUGAGGCUGCGGAAAGUUUGGUACCAUUGCUGUCCAGCCGCAAUGAGGGUGUGCGGCAGCACGCCUGCGAGUGCAUGGGGCAGUUGGGCGCCGAGGCCAAAGCCUUUGUGCAGUUCCUGGUGCCUCUGAAAGAGGACAGCGACCGCGAAGUGAAGCGAGCCGCUUUGCAGGCAUUGAUGAAGCUUGGCUGUGGGCCACGGCCACCGCAAGACUUGGGCAACGGCGAUGACAUACCACCUCCUCCGAAUAGAGGUGGGAAGGGCAAAGGCAAGCGGAAGGAUGGCAAGUGACUUGCGCUGAGAUCGGCACAUGCGCUGCAAAGAAUGGAGGGGUCUCCCCGCAAGUGGAGGCCUUUGCAACAGAAAUGCAAAAGAUGCAAAC